GCUCUAUACUAAUGAGUCAAGACUAUUUUUAGUUUUCUUUGGCUCUAAAUAAUCCUUUUGUUUUAAAUUAGUUAACUAUCAAAUUUAAUUUUAUUUAAUGUACUUACCUUAAGUAGUAUUCAUCUAAAUUAUCCUUAACAUGACGGAGACCGUUUCCAAGCCUGAGCCUCAAAAUAUCUGUCGUAUUUGUUUGACAACUUCCUCUAAUGAUUGUCCUUUGAUACAACCAUGUAACUGUGUUGGUGAACUUGCCUAUUGCCACUCAUCUUGCCUAUCAAAAUGGAUAUCAGCUACCAAAAUUUUAAAUUGUGAUAUUUGCCAAUUUAAAUUCAUUAUAUCGAUUGAACAUCGUUCCUUUAUUGAAUGGUUAUCUUCUGAUGAAGAUGAGUUACAACAAUUCUGUAUCGGAAGUUUCACUUUUCUGUUGACAUUUUACUUGAUUAUCCUGGGCGAAGUAACAACCUCAAUGACAAAAGACACUGGAAGCAUGGUUUCUUAUUUAUUUGUGAUUUCAAUGACUGCCACCUUCGAGUUUGGGUUUCUUAUCUGGAUUGCGUUCUUUUCUUUCCUUGAAGCAAAUCGAUUUACUAAAUGGCGAGACCAGCAUAUCAAGAUUAAGAUCUCAUCAAACUCUAACAGAUCUCCAUUUAGGAAUUCCAGUCGUAGCUUAUCGAAAGACUUUGGAUCAUUUUCCAUCAAUAGUCUUACCUUAGUACAAAAAAAGGCAGACUUACCCCCCUUCAUUGAGUAUCCUGUAGCGAAGCAUCAAGAACGUACAAGUGAAACCAAUGCUGAUUGGGAUUUUAAUCGUAUAUCACAAUUUUCUGACAGUUCAGAAUCUAAUGGAUCUCGCAAGGUACAAAAUUUGUCUGAUAAAAACAGUAGUAUUAAUUUCUCCAGCCAAGAUUCACAGUCAAGCUCGUUCAGUGAGAGGAGUUUUUCAAAGAUAGCUGAGCUCAAGGCGGCACCUGUUAUAAUUUUGAGUGAAGAUAAAGCUCAUUCCAAUGGCUCUGGAUUAUUGCUGAGUCGAAAACGUAAAGUACCAGAUUGCUGUGGUCUUUUGGCGACUGGAGGAGUUCACAAAGUACCAUCACAUUCCAAGCAGCCGUAAACUUGUUUCAUAUAGUUGUCAUAGUUGUUGUAUAAAUGCCAGUAAUUGAAUAAUGAAAAAAAUUUAC